GCUUCCACCACUUUGUCAUGUCGAACUCACUGCAAGAACCCGCUGCACCUACCAAGGAAGAGCAGGACAAGAUACGUCUGAAACGGCUCGCUAAGCUGUCGUCUGCUCCGACCUCCUCAUCACCCUCUCCAGCACCUGGUCCUUCUGGCAGCAGUGGCAAUGCGACGCCUUCUAUCCAAUCAACGAUACCAAUUGUGAAGCCCACCCCUGUGGCGACGCCCAAUCCUAUACCCGCUGUACGCCCAAAGGCGCCUCCACCAGCGGCUACUACCCCAUCUCCUGCACCGAGACCCAUCAAGCCCAAGGUCAAGGGGCCAGAUAAGCUGGAUCUCGUAUCCUGGGAGCACGAAACCACUGGAACAGUGCUCAAUGUGACGUUCAAUGUGGAGGAAACAAGGAGGUCGAACUGGAGUGUCGUCUGGCUGAAGGAUCUCAUGAAUGAGAUCCAGGAGAGCGAUCCCUCUGGUCCGAGACCUCCACGACUUACGGUUGCGAGCGGGGAUCAGCUCCUCAUCGCGAGGCUCUCACUGGACCCCUCAGCCAUGAGCGAUGACACUGAUGCAAUUACUAUACUCCAAAAUUUACCGAAAGACGAGACAGUAUUUGAGUAUCUCAUUGGCGCCUGGAAGCGAGCGAAUAGCGCUCGGAGUGCGUUGCUGCGAAGGAAUUACGAACCUUCGGUUGUUGCAGCAGCAUUGGAGCUGUUGGAAGAGUUGAAGCGGCUUAUUGUCUCUUAUGCUGGUUUCAACCUGCAGGAUCCAACCGGCAUGUUCCCAGAACCCGAAGGGAAACAUGUGGGUGCCAUUGAGCUCGUGCACCCGCUAUUACAGCUCAAUGCAUUACCACUCAAUGCACCACCGACCGCACUGUCGCCUGCUGACUUAGAAGGAUUCGUGAUCGACUUAGCAAAGCGAUUCGAAGGGGAUGGUUUGGAGGAAAUCAUGGGUCCCGUCAUAGGCGGCGUGAUGAAUGUUCUGAAAGAUUAUCAAGUCGAGAUGCCAAAUAUUAUGGGAGAUCAAUGGAGGCAGGUGACUGCGGCACUGGAGGCAUUGGUAGCAGUCAAGCCUGUUGCGAGCAUGAUUCCGCGCCUAGUUGACUGGGAUCCUUCUCAAGCACCUCCUAACCUCUGGGAACUGGUAUCCCUCCUUGGUCCAUUGUUGCGUUUGAGCGUUUUCCCCCGAGAAUGGGCUAAAAUUUACAAAGAGUUCUUCCCCGACCCCAUGAAAAUGAGCCGAACCGCGGCCGAAACCGCAAAUUCUUCACUGCGGAAUACGCUGCAUGCUUUACACAGCAGUUUAUUCAAUAUCUUCAACGUUCUCGUCAGGGCCAGUCCGCAAUCGAGAGAUGCCACCCUCUCCAUGUUCUCACAUGUGCUCAAUACCAACUGGCGGCGAGCCGGCCUUCGUGUGCGACCUGAGACUGUUGCCUCCGACAGUCUGUUUGUGAAUAUCCAGGCCGUGUUGCAUAAGUUCGCCGAGCCAUUCAUUGAUGCUAACUAUACCAAGAUCGAUCGCAUCGAUCCUUUAUACUUCGCUAAGUCCAAACUGGUCGAUGUUAGCGGUCAGACCAAGCUGUUAGCGUCGUCAGAAGAGGAGAAGGAGAUCGUUACCAAAGCUCUGUCUAGAAACGACGCCGCUCCAAACUUCAUUUCUGAUAUCUUCUUCAUCUUAUCUGCAUAUAAUCAUCUUGGAUACAUUCGCUGCCUAGGGUGGCAUGAAGAGCUGAAUCGGGCUGCGGGUGAAGUCGAGAGAGAAUUGGAUCGCUUCAAGUCAGACACCCGUUGGCAGGGGUCACCAAUGCAAGGGCAGGUCCAGCAGAUGGUCGACAAGCUCACCAAAGACUUGAACGAGUAUCAAUCGCAGAUUCUUGCAUACCAAGUGCAGCUGUUUGAUCCUGAAAUGGUCAACGCAUUGAUAUCCUACUCGAGCCUGGUGACGCAAUGGAUUAUUCGACUCGUUGAUCCUGCCAAGCAACAUCCUGCUGUCCCUGUGAAGCUUCCCCUGCCAGAGACAGUCCCCGAUAUCUUCAAGAUUCUUCCAGAGUACCUGAUUGAAGAUGUCGCAGAUUUCUUUGCCGCCAUCUUGCGUAUUGUUCCCCAUCUUCUUGAAUUUGCAGGACGGCGAGAAAUUCUUGUGCUUGCCCUCACUUUCCUAUCAUCGCCCUGGUACAUCCGCAAUCCCUACCUCAAGUCGAAAUUAGUGGCCGUUCUCGCUUAUGGAUCCAUGAACCUUGGCGGCGGCAGACGCGGUCCUCUCGCCGAUCUUCUCAACACGCAUCCUAUGGCGUUAGAGCACCUGAUGCCCGCACUAAUGGCGUAUUAUGUUGAUUGUGAAAGCACCGGCACUCAUACGCAGUUCUACGACAAAUUUGAAAUUCGCCGCAAUAUAACAAUCGUUUUCAAUGCAGUCUGGGAGAAUCCUGCUCAUCGUGCCGCCCUAAAGAGGGAGUCGCAACACGAGGAGACGUUCACUCGCUUCAUCAAUCUCCUUCGGAACGAUGUCACAUUCCUCCUUGAUGAAUCGUUAGGAAAGCUCCAUUCGAUCCAGGAGUUGCAGGCAGAAAUGGAAGACCAAGCUGCUUGGGCAGCUCAACCUGCGGAGACACGGAGAGAUCGCGAAUCCCAGCUUCGACAGCUAGAGGGCUCUGCCACCAGCUACUUCUCAUUGGGUCGCUCGACCGUGGAUCUUCUGAAGAAGUUCACAGCAGAGGCACCACAAGCAUUCAUGAUUCCGGAAAUUGUCGAUCGACUUGCUCUUAUGCUUGAUGACAAUCUUGGCAAAAUGGUUGGACCAAGGAUGAGCGAGUUGCGCGUGAAAGAUCCAGAUCGUUAUCGAUUCAAACCAAGGGAGCUUCUUAGCGACUUAUUGACGGUCUACAUGAACUUGAGCAUGGGGCCGGAGUUUAUCCAAGCAGUCGCUAAAGAUCUUGGUUAUUAUCGCAAGGAAUCUUUCGAGCAUGCACUCGCCAUCUGUCGAGGUAGAGCUCUCAAACCAGAAUCUGAGAUCGAGAAGCUGCGCUUGUUCGUUAUCAAGGUUGAAGAGACAAAGGCACUCCUCGAAGGCGACGAAGAAGAGUUGGGUGAUAUACCUGAUGAGUUCACUGAUCCUCUUCUUUACACCCUCAUGCGGGACCCUGUCAUUUUGCCAUCUUCAAGAGCGGUUGUCGACCUUACGACGAUCAAAGCGCAUCUUCUAUCAGAUCCUUCUGAUCCUUUCAAUCGGGUUAAACUGUCGAUUGAGGAGGUUGUACCCGACACGGAACUGAAGGCACGGAUUGACGCAUGGCUCGCUUCACGCAAGAAGGGAGAUGCACUAACCAAGCCACAAGAUGAUAUUGUCGAUCUCAGCAAUACGGGCGGCGUGGAUAUGUGAGGGCAUGGCGGUAUACGCUGUAGUCAUUAGGUCAUUUGUAUCAUAUCAUGCCAAGUGAAAGAAUGUGAUGCCUAUUGCUACAGGAUGUGAUCACUUGAACGUCAUUGACCGACUUCCAGACUUCGGGUCGGUCCGGGGUUUGCGUGGCUUCUUGAAGUCGGUGUUUUGGAUGGUCUGCUUCGGCCCUUUGUUCUUCUUCGACUUCUUGGGCUUUUUCUCCAGGGUCGCCGGAUCGACUUCCAACAAGUUGGGAAGGGCUGAGUAGUCAAAGCCGCCAUUGCCGUCUGAUGCGUCGGGAAAUUGAUCUUCGGGUAGCUCAUCUGACCCCGGCGCAGUGGUUGCAGAAGCUGUUGCCUGAACAAUCUCAUCGAUUUGCAAGGCUCGCUUCCUCUUCUUGUUCUGCUUUUGCCCAACCACUACAAUAGUGUUCCGAUCGUCUACGACCUCUUGUGUUUGCCGUGCCGACCUGGGAACGAAAGGUAUUUCGGCAGUCGCACCCGC